ACGUUGCAAGUGGCAGACUACAUGCGAGGCACUCCAUUUGUUUUCGCCGUGUGGUCUCGUAACUGCAUGCGGGAGCGAAUAUUUAGUGAUCGGUUGGAAAACGAGAUACUUAUUUUUCGUGAUUAACCUAUCAUCCGGCUUAGAUUGCGAGAAAGAGCGAGAGUAGACGUACAUUACAGUGAGAGGGAGAGAAAAAGAGAGAGAGAGAGAGAAAGCAAGUACAUAUACCACUCGGAUCGCGAGGAAGAGAACGAUGGCGAGAUUAGUGAAUGUUUGCCGGGAGGAUAAGCUGACAAACCUGUCUAACCAGCAAAUGCUAUUGUGCAUCGACGAGAACCUGACGAUGGUUAUGGAUAUAACACAUUUAGGAGCGAUAUGUGAUAAUCCUAUAAUUCGUGGGAAACCUUUGGAAGAGUUCGUAAAGAAAAUGGAAAUACUUACGAAGGAAGAGGUUAAGGCAUCGUUUGAGGUUAGCUGUAAGGAUAUAGUGGCUAUUUUAAGCGAAACUGUACCAUGUGUGGGUUGUCGAAGAAGCGUCGAGAGACUAUUGCAUGCUUUAAUGAAGACUGGGCAACCUGCGUUCCAUCAACUGGUUAUCACCUCCAACGGCCUGCUUUCUAUUAAGGAUGAAGUGCUGAAAUCACCUGAAAUACUAUGCACAAUGUUACAUGGACACAGCACCAGAUUAAAUGACUUAGUAGAGCAACAACCAAGGAACAGGAAAUCUCAACGAUGUAUGUUGCAUUCUCUGGAAAUUCAGAGGAUGCGACCUCCGCCAAAUGCAUGGAGGGAAGUAUGGGAAUGUCUGGACCAACCCUGCCGGGAAGAGCUCACCUUGAUAGAGACUGACGUGCUAGACGAGACGUUAGAUACUUAUCUGCGUAAACAUAGGUUUUGUGGCGAGUGUCGCAACAAGGUAUUACUAGCAUCCUCUCUUCUAACGAAGGAACCUGACCCUACGAAGGAAAAAGGCUAUGCACCUAUUUUGUAUACCGGUAUCAAGCGUUGUAUAGCUGAUCGUCACAUUCACUUACCGACUAUAACGAAUUACAUCGGUACCAUCAUUGGUCGCGCACAGCCGGAACUUAUGGGACGGGAGCGUCAUGCGAAGACACUGGAAAUUGCUCAAGAAGAAGUACUUACGUGUUUAGGUAUAUGUAUGGCGGAACGUUUACAUAAAGUUCAUCGACGGCUGAGAGAAGAGGAGACUGUGUGUAAAGUAUUAGCCGCUGCCGCAAUAGAUGCAUUGUCUAGGAAAUUCGAGACAGCGGUCGAGAUGAAACGAGGUUACACGCAGUUAGAAUUAUUAUACGAGGAAUUUACAAGAGAAGAGAUGGCGAAGCAGCAGAAACGCGAGAAGAUGCGGCUCAAACGUAGGAAGCAAAAGGAGCGUCGUUACGAGGCCGAGGCCGAAGAAAAAGAAAAUGCCUGUGAUUGUUCGAGUGAGAGACAGAACGGUGACAGUCAGUCCUCGUGUGUCUGUGCAGAAUCCAAGCCAACGACGCAGAAUAUUGACCGGCAUAAGUUGCAAGUUUUAGAUCCGAAAAACAAGGGUCUGCGAAGGUGCAAGUGUCCAGAUUGCCUGAAAAAGAUGAAAACACCAGCGCAAUCACAAAAUAAAACAGAGCAAGCAUUCCCUUUGAAAAAGACGACGAGUCCACGAAAGACCACAGUUAAAAGUUCCACUGAGACGAAGGCGAAAUCUAAUACUAAUCAAUCUGAGCAAAGUAGUCCGUCUCACGAACAAUUUCCUCGGGAACAUUCGUCGGAUAUUUCUGAGUCGUGUAUGAACUUAGACGAAAAACUCAACGAAGUUCAGUGGAAUUACGAAGACGAUUGCAAGGAUCCCAUGACGAAGAAACUCAUAGACGCUUGGAUCGCGAAACCCCGUACAAAAAGUAAAUACAUGUGGAUAGAAAUGAGGAAACGUUUCAAAUUGUCCAUGUCCGAGGGGGAAGGUCGCUCCAGCAGCGAGCAAUCCUCCCAAGAUUGCGGAUAUUCUUCCGAACACAAUAUCAGUAGUUCUUCUCUUCCUAGCACUCCGGAUGGCUCUGAAAUAGCCUGCAACGAUGCAUGUUGCAAACACAGCGGAGAUAGCAACGAUCUACGAUCAUGUGAUAAACUUAUUCAUUCCAUUUCUAGCAUCUCGUUAUUGAAGAAAAUGGGCAGUGGUUUGACACUUACGCAAAUGUUAGAGGAUUCUUUAAGCGACGACGAAGACGACGAGGAGAGUCAUAUUCCGGCGGAAGAGGUGCUGGAGUUCAAGUCACGAAUGUGUCAAGUUACGGAGAAGCGGCGGGAACUUCGGCGAACACUCAGAGAACGUUUUGCGGUUUUAUGCAGCCAUAUGAAACCGUUUAUCAUCAAUCAAUAAGAAUUCCUGAUUUCAUACGUUCACAACACGACAUAGAAUACAAUACCUCGAUUUCUUGUUUCUUUUAUAUUGAUUUACUGCCAAGAGUAGCGAGACACAAGUACAAUAGACAUAUUUUGAACAACUUGUCGCACGAGGUCGACUUUAUGCUGUAUCACGUAAAAUGCUGGAAAUCUGCAUUACUCGAAGAAAAAAACAGACAAACAUGAUAAUAUAAUAUGAUUUAUCUGCCAACAAAGAGAGGCGUCUAGAAAUAAACAUAGACAUACCAAAAAGAAAAAGCUAGCGGUGUUGUAUUGAAUUUAAUCUUGUUUCCAGUAAACGAAAAGACAAAUUUUACGCUAUUGUACAAAGCACAAUCUGAUUGAUAUGAAUCUGUACAAUUCUGGAGCGAUUUUGUACGAGCAUGCCUUGGCCAUGAUACGGCAGAUCCGAUGAUACUGCACGUACUACGAAUGCAAGCUGUUUGACAGACACGAGCUUCAGAUGAUGACCGGAUACUUGAAGAGUGCUGUAUUUUUUUCUUGAAGAUCUUAGAUAACGUGGUCUUCUUGGCUGAUGAGGAUUCGUGUCCGUGUUGUAAAAAUAGAAACGCGCGAUUGGAAGUUGUCAGAAUUAUAAUAUAGAUGAAUGUUACAUUCCAAAAACACACACACACACACACAUAUAUAUAUAUAUAUAUAUAUAUAUAUGUGUAAUAUAUAUAUAUAUAUAUGUAAUAUAAAUAUAUUUUAUUAUUCCAAAUGUGUACAUCCUCUCCGUGUAAUUACAUUACACAUACGCAUACUCUGUAAGAUCAUUCUAUAAAAAGGAUGUCGUAAGAUCGUAUUUACAUAUUGUAUGUUGCAUAAAAGUUAUUAAAAAUAUUUAAGCUGUCA